AUGAUUUGGCUGCGAAUCUUGUCUCUUGCUGGGACGGACUGGCACGAGGGUCCGCAGGCAGGGGCCCAAUGUUGCAUUCGAGGGCAGACCUCGAGCAGGUCUGAGUCGCUUGUUUACAAGGGCAGCCUUGCCGGCCACAAGGGAUGGAUCACCGCCAUCGCCACGUCGCAGGAGAACCCGGACCUCCUGCUGACCGCUUCGCGCGACAAGACCAUCAUUGUCUGGCAGCUCAGCCGCGACGACGCCAACUACGGCUACCCCAAGCGGAUCCUGCACGGCCACAACCACUUCGUCUCGGACGUCGUCAUCUCGUCUGACGGCCAGUUCGCUCUCUCGGCCUCGUGGGACAAGACGCUCCGCCUGUGGGACCUCAACACCGGCACCACCACCCGCCGCUUUGUCGGCCACACUGCCGAUGUCCUCUCGGUCAGCUUCUCGGCUGACAACCGUCAGAUUGUCUCGGGCUCGCGCGACCGCACCAUCAAGCUGUGGAACACGCUCGGCGAGUGCAAGUUCAACAUCCAGGACGACGGCCACUCGGAGUGGGUCAGCUGCGUCCGCUUCAGCCCCAACCCGCAGAACCCCGUCAUCGUCUCGGCCGGCUGGGACAAGGUCGUCAAGGUCUGGGAGCUUAGCAAGUGCAAGCUGAAGACCAACCACUACGGCCACACUGGCUACAUCAACACUGUCACUGUCUCGCCCGACGGUUCGCUGUGCGCCUCGGGAGGCAAGGACGGCAUCACGAUGCUCUGGGAGCUCUCGGACGGCAAGCACCUCUACUCGCUCGAGGCGGGCGAUGUGGUCAACGCCCUCGUCUUCUCGCCCAACCGGUACUGGCUCUGCGCCGCCACGGCCUCGUGCAUCAAGAUCUUUGACCUCGAGUCCAAGAGCAUCGUCGACGAGCUCAAGCCCGAGUUCACGGGCGUCGGCAAGAACUCGGCCGACCCCGAGUGCCUCUCGCUCGCGUGGUCCGCCGACGGCUCCACCCUCUUCUGCGGUUACUCGGACAACCAGGUCCGCGUCUUCACCGUCGUCUAA